CGACGGAGAUAUAGAGAGACACAUCGCCGCCGCAAACCGCCAUGGCCGCCGCCGCCGAGAAAGUAGCCGCCACAAAAAUCCUGAUGCUCCCAUGGCUAGCCCACGGCCACAUAACGCCCUUCUUCGAACUAGCCAAAAGACUCGCCAAAAAAGAGUUCCAAAUUUACAUAUGCUCUUCCCCCAUAAAUCUCCAAAGCAUAAAGCCAAAGCUCUCAAAAACUGAUAGCAAAAUCCAACUCGUCGACCUUCAUAUUCCGGCUUCGCCGGAGCUCCCCGCCCACAUGCACACCACMAAAGGCAUCCCUCUCCACCUCGAGUCGGGCCUCAUCAGAGCCUGCGACGCGGCGGCUCCCGAUUUCGAGGACCUGCUCGACAAGCUCGAGCCGGACCUGGUCGUGUCCGACCUGUUCCAGCCGUGGGCGGUUCGGGCGGCCGUGGCGCGGAAUAUUCCCGUCGUUAACUUUGUCGUUACUGGCGUCGCGGUUCUCACUCGCUUGGCUCACGCGUUUUUUAGCGCUGGCGAGGAGUUUCCUUUCCCGGAACUUGAUCUUUCCGACCACUGGAUCUCAUCGAGCCGCCGGAAGACUUCCGAUGAACUGGGUCGGGACUGUGCGAUGCGGCUUCUUAACUGUGUGAAACAGUCUUCUAGCGUUAUUCUGGCUAAUACUUUCGUGGAGUUUGAAGGGAAAUAUAUCGAUUAUUUCGCUUCCUCAUUGAAGAAGAAGGUUCUCCCGGUGGCUCCUCUGGUUCAACGAGUCAACGCAGACAACGAGAAACCAGAAAUCGUGUCAUGGCUGGACAAGAAGAACCCAAAAUCAACCGUCUACGUGUCGUUCGGGAGCGAGUAUUAUCUAACGAAAUCCGACCGGGAAGAGUUGGCCCACGGCCUGGAACAGAGCGGCGCGAAUUUCAUAUGGGUCAUCCGGUUCCCGAAGGGUGAGCAAUAUGGAAGACUAUAUGAGGAGGAAUUAAAUGUAGAGGAAGGCCAUUGGUGGUGUGCAUAUGAGGAGGAAGCUCCCGCAGAGAUGGAAGAUUGA